AUGAAUGUACAGUAAAUUGCUUUGUGAUCAAGAAAAGUGAAUAAUUGAAUUCCAGGGAAAUACAUUAUCAAUGUCUAAGACAAACUAUGUGCAUCUUACACCUAACACCUAUUUCAUAUAAACUAUUUUAGAAGAUGUUAUCAAGAAUCCGUGCUUUUAUUAACCGUCAUAGGCAAAAAUUUAUAGUGGGAGGCGUUGUUGUUAGCAGCGUUAUUUUCAUAAGAUAUAUGCAACGUAAGCUUAGAGAAUGGCAAGAAAAAGAGAUAAAGGACAUGCUCGAAAGGUCAAAAAGGCGACAGUACUUUGACUGUACGGAGAGAACAUGCGAUCAGAUGAUAAUUUCCCUUGCAUCGACUUUAAGAGUCUCUAUAAUGAAGGUUGUAGAUACAGAAGCAAUUCUAAAUAAACUUAGAAGUGGCUGCACUGAUAAAAUAGUAUGUUGGAAUGAAUUAAGAGUUACCACGAUUACUAAAUCAGCUGUAAUAAUAUAUUCGUAUGCCAUGUUAGCUACUUUAAUAAGGAUUCAAUUUAAUGUAAUGGGUGGUCAUGUUUACAAGGAUACCCAGAAACCCAAUGGUACGACUACAGAAAACAUUGUACAGACAAAAUAUAUGUCUCUCUCAGGUAGUUUUAUGCACGAUGGAAUAAAAAAAUUAAGUUCGCUCAUAAAAGAUAAAGUUGCAGAAAUAGUAACCCCAAUAUCUUUGAAAGAUCAGGUAUACUUAAGAGAUAUAGAAGAAAUAUAUUGGGCAUUAACAUCGUCUAUAUCUACAGAUACCUCAAGGGAUCCUGUAAAAAAUCUUGCCAAAUACAUGUUAGAUAUAAACUGGGAUAAGCAACAAGGAACCACAAUAGUGAAAUUAAUUAAUGAAACUCUCGAUCUUCUGGAAAGCGAAGAAGUACAAAAUAUUACGCAAAGUAAUAUUAGAAGUGGAUUUAGUUUGUUGGUAGAUCACAUUUCUGCAUUUUUUAUUCCUCCAUGUGCAGUGAAAAACGACAAAAUCGUAAAUGAUAUUUCAAUACCAGGAACGUCGAGUCAAAAUCAUAUGACUUGGAAAAAAACAGAUAACGAAGAAACAAACCACCGUGAAAAUUCAUUUGUUAAUAUCAGUCAGGUAUCGAUGCCCAUGGCUAAAAUAAUACCGAUCAUAAAUUGUCAAAUACCGGAUAAAUCAGCUUCACAAAAUUUCCAGGCAGAUUUAUUACAACAUUUUAUAACAAAUAACGAACUUAAAACGCUUGGGGCAAAUAUUUACGAAGCAUUUAGUUUUUAAGUUUAACAAUGCAAAUAUUCAAACUGUACACAAUACACAACAUGGCAUUACACAAAAUUAUAACAUACGAUCUUAAACUGUUGAUUAUUUUAAAUAGAAGCACAUUGUUUUACA